AUGAACCUUGUGUCGCACAAUUCUGUUCCCAGAUUUGGCGGCGAAGAAGGCUCCGACGAAAAAGUUAUAACAUGCGUCACUAAAUAUGUCAUCAAAGGAGACUUAGAAAUUGAUGAUGGAGGGUUUUGUAGCAGCAGCAUAGGUUCACAAUCCCCCCCAGGAUCAUGCGCUGAUGGGGGAGCGAACACAGGAAAUUAUUGUGAUAACUAUUAUGACAUAACUUUACUUGUUGAGGAGUCUAGCUUUGUUCAGAAGGAUUACUGGAAGAAAGGAACGAUCCCCUUUUUAGAAUCCAUGGUUAGGAAUGUCCGAGUGAGUAAGGACAAGGCACACAUGUCCGUAGUGCUAUUCGCGCGAGACCCACGUGUUAUAGUCCCAUUCACUGAUGAGGUUAGUCAAGAUAAGGAUAAGUUGAUUGAGAGAGUUCGAGCCAUAGAUGACGUAGGGACUAGUCCUGACACGCUAUAUGCAUACGCAUUGGAACACGCCUUGGAGCAUGUCAUUUUUGGGGAUGGUACCAGGAAGGAUGCACCGAAGGUUGCAGUCCUGUUUUACUACGGAUUUGACUAUGGAGCGAAUAAGAGCCUCAUCCCUGACGUGGUGGAAGAUUACAGAGACAGGAACGUCAAACUGGUGAUAGUUGGAAUCGCCUUAGGGAACAGGGACAACGCAUACUUGCUUGGGGGCUGCGCCAUCGGUGACGAGAACUGCGCGAACGUGAUAUUUAAGCCCUGGGACUUUGUAAUCCCUGCAGCCGCGGAUGUGAAGGAGAAAAUAUGCAGCAAGGGGAACAGCGAGGAGGGUUCCGCCUCUACGGACUGA